AUGCGUCUCAACGCGUCUUUGGGCGUGCUCUCCGGCAUAGCCUGGACAACAUCCGGUGCUGUUGUCCCUCGCAACCUCGAUUACGAUAUCGACACAACUUGCACGACCACUGAGACUGCCCAGGGCACUGUCUUCGUCACUGGCCCUGGCGGCAACUCUCCGACUGCCGCGGCCGGUUCGGUCUUCACUCUCACGGUUCCUGUUGGCGGUUCUGAUCCUGGUGCCGGGUCUCCCGGUUCAUUCGGCUCACCUUCUGGUUCUGACAACAAUGGUCUUCUUUCUUCCAUCUGCACCACUGGGCCUUCUCCCUUCGGUUCUCCCUUCGGCUCUGUUGGCACUCUCUCGCCUCUCACCAUCACUGUCACGGCUCUCUCAACUCCAUCCAUGAGCACAGUCACCAUCCCAGUAUCAACCGUCACCAUCAAUACACCUGGGGCUGGUUCCGGUGCUGGCGGCAACGGAAACGGAAACGGAAACGGAAACGGCAACGGCAACUCCCCCGGUUCAGUCAUCACAGUCACUGCUCCCCAAGCAUCUGCCAGCCCAGCUUACCCAGGGUACCCGGGUUCCGGCAUCACAGUCACCAUCCCCGUCGGCUCAGGCUCAGGCUCAGGCUCAGGCUCAGGCUCCGGUUCCUCUCCAGCUGGAGUCACUGUCACUGUCCCUCAAGUAUCUGGGCAGGCUGGUGAAGUCGUCACUCUCACAAUACCAGAAGGUCCCAACCAGUCGGCCACUGUUGUGCUCACUGUCACCAUUCCCGACGUUGCAGACAGUCCUGGGUCAUGGUCUACCAUCGUCUCAGCUCCUGGCCUCGAUGGCGCGGCAUCUGGUUCGCUUGUCACUGUCAUUGGCGGUCCAUCGGCUGGUCCACAAGUGCCUGGAAGUCUCCUUUCUUCGACAUGCACCGACGCUCUCACAGCCGGACCUGGUGGCUCGGGCAACGCUGGUUCCGGCAACACCAUCACUGUCCCUUUGCCUGCGACCGCCUCAGAGUCCUACCCACCAUUCUUCGGUAGCCCCACUCCUCUCGUGAUCACUUACACGAUUCCUGCCGAGCCUGGCAUGCCCACUCCUCUUGUCGAGACUCUCACUGUGGCACCCAACCUCCCCUACCCAUCUGGCGACCCGAGCUCUCCAUACGGAGCGACUGAUCUGACUAUCCCACUUGGUCCUUUUGGUGUUCCACUUUCCAGCUCUGUCCCUUCGGGUCUCACCUUGGUCACAUACACCGUCCCCGCUGAUGGCGACUCUCCUGCCUACACUGGCGUCUAUACUUUGACACCUGGCGCCGGCUCGUCUCCUGGACAAGGCGGUCAGAAUGGCGGCUCGCCCGUCACUGUCACUGUUCCGGAGGCCACUCAGCCCGGUCAGAACGGCGGGUCAUCAGGCGAAACCGGCUAUCCUCCUUAUGGCGGCUCAGCUGCUUCUGCAGACAAUGGAUCACCCGGCGCUGUCACUUUGACUGUUCCCCAAGCUGGCGCUCCCACUCAGUCUUACCCUGGUCAGGAUGCUGGUCAGUCAGGCCUCGGCUCCGGCAACCAAGCUCCCACAGUCACUCUCACGGUUCCUGCCGGUAGCACUCCGGGUUCAAGCUCGGGCGGCCAAGGCAGCGGUCCUGGUUACGACAACGGCCAGUCGACUUGUUUGACUCUGACAAUCCCUGGAGCAAACUCUAAUGGUCAGUCUAGCCUUUUGACUGUCACUGUUCCAGUUGGCUCUGGUUUCCCCGUCGGCGGUGCUCCUUCUGCGCCCUACAACGGCCCCUCCGGUCCAGUCACCGUCACCGCUUUCCCCUCUGCCGGCGGCUCGGGUUCUGGAAGCAGCCCCAACGGCCAGCCGAGUCUUAUUACUGUCACCGUUCCAGUUACCUCCGCUUUCCCCAAUGGUGGUUUCCCUUCAGCACCUUACAAUGGCCCUUUGGCUCCGGUCACCGUCACAGUUCCGCCGACUCCUGAUGCAUCUGGUUUCGCCCCCGGAAGUGGCUCGUCUGGCUCAGGCGAUGAUGAUCAGUCGACUUGCUUGACCCUCACGCUCACCGGCGCCAAUGGCCAACCCAGCCUUGUCACUGUCACGGUUCCCGUGUCGGACUAUCCCUCUGGUGCUUCUCCUUCUACCGUUGGCGGCGAUGGUCCGUCCGGCGUCGUCACUGUUGUCGUUCCCGAAACCACUGGUUCCAGCGGUUCUUCUGGAAGCGGCUCAUACGGCUCUGAUGGCAAUGGCUCAUCUGGUGUCUUGACCGUCACUGUUCCUGGCAACUCCGGUUCCGGCUCUGGUUCGUCUGCGAGCGAUCCUUUUGGCUACGGCGGCGGCAGUGAUCAGCCUAGCGUGGUUGCCGUCACUGGACCUGCUGGUUCUCCAUCUGCUGCUGGUGGCUCUCCCAUUGCUGUCACUUACACUGCUCCUGCUGGACCAGGCGAGACCGAGUCGUCCUAUCCUGUCACCUACACCAUUCAGCCAUCGUUGGGAUCUGACUCAGGAUCUGGUUCCGGAUCUGGCUCAUCUCCUUCAGGUAGCGGAGUCCCUGCUGGUUAUGGAAGUGGUGGCAGCAACCCAUUCGGAUCUGGUUCCAACCCCACUGAUUCCUCUGGAUUUUCUCCAGUCACUGUCACUCUCGGCCCGUCUGAUGGGUUCGCUACACCCGUGGUUGUCACCUACACUCCUGGUGUGACUGGAUUCCCAUCUGGUUCCUCGCCCACACCUUCCGUGGUUGUCGUUUCCGAUUCGGGAUCUCUCUUCACCAUCACGCUUCCUGCAUCCGGUUCCUCGCCUUUCGCAACCUCGCCUGCUUCGUCGGAGAUUGUCGUCUCUGAGUUUGGGACUCUGUUCACCAUCACGGUUCCUGCAACGGCACCGGCCGCUCAGCCUACUGCUGCCACCGGUUCUUCCAUUGUUCCCGGAUAUGGCUCCGGUGCUGGCUCUGGUGCUGGCUCUGGUGCUGGUUCUGGUGCUGGUUCUCUUCCCAGUGGCCUCACGGUCUACACCAUCACUCCCACUUCUGGCUCGCCUUAUGUUGUCACUGUUCCUGUCGGCGGCGGCUCUGGCUCCAAUCCAUCCAACGUCUUGACUGUCACUGAGGGUCCAUCACCCACUGGCUUUGGAACAGGGUCUGGAUCUGGCAGCUCCCCUGACAAUGGCGAGUUCACGAUCACCAUUGAUGGCACCCCGGUCGUUGUUCCCCUUCCUCAGAGCAACGCUGGCACCAACGCCGGCCAAGGAGGGAUUCUGACUGUCACUGAGGCAUUGCCUUCUGGCUCACCAUCAAUCGUCACUGUUCCUGCCGGUGCCGGAGGUAUCACCGCGCAGCCUUCUGCCACCCCAUAUGGCGGCUCGUUCCCAGGCGGAGAGGUCAUCACUAUCACCGGGCCUGAUGGGUAUCCUACUGUUCUCACAAUCCCUGGCGGCGGCAACCCAGCAGCCACUCAGAACAGCCCAUCCAAUGUCUUGACGGUCACUGAGCAACUUCCUUCCAACGCUCCUGGUCAGAAUGGCUCCGGUGGAUCGGUCAUCACUGUCACUGGACCUGACGGCUCACCCAUCGUCGUCACCAUCCCCUCCGGCGGCGACUCGGGAGCUUCGGCGCCUGUGUCUGGUCUUGGAUCAGCUUUCACCCUCACCUUGACUCCCGGCAACGGGGGCAAUGGCGGCUCUGGCUCAACUGCUGGUGUUCCUGGCAUCUUGACUGUCACCGAACUUGCCCCCACGGCGACUGGAGGAGUCCAGCCCGGUGCCGGUGGAUCUGGCUCUGCUUUCACCAUCACUUUGUCUCCUGGCUCUGGCUUCCCUGGUUCCGGCUCUCCUGGUUCCGGUAGCGGCUCUCAAGGCAACGGACCUCAAGGCUACGGCUCACCUAACUCGCUUGGUCCCGUCUUGACCAUCACUGAGGGCGGUGCUGCUCCUACCGGAGGUGUCCAACCUGGUGGAAAUGGUGCUGGUCCUGCUUUUACUGGCAAUGGUCCUCAGGGCUAUGGCUCACCAAACUCUGGCCUUGGUCCCAUCUUGACUAUCACUGACUCACCUUCCGGAGCUGCCGGUGGUCUGCAACCCGGUGCGACUGGCUUUGCCACUGCUCUCACCUUCACCAUUCCAUCAGGCUCUGGCAAUGGUCCUUCUGGUUCAGGAAGUGGCCCAUUCGGCUCAGGGAACGGACCCUUUGGUUCUGGUAAUGGACCUUCCGGCUCUGGCAAUGGUCCCUUUGGCUCCGGCAGUGGUCCUCAAGGAAGCGGGCAAGGAAGCAGUCCUCAAGGCUAUGGCUCACCUAACGGUGGUGCCGGUUCCGGUUUCACCAUCACUCAGGGCGGAGCUGGCGCGGCUCUACCCACGGGUCCUGUUUUGACCGUCUCGGAGGUUGUCGUCUCGGAAACCAUCCCCAUCGGCCCUGGUCUUUACUCGGUUGUCGCUUUCACCACUACUCUCGGUGCCGGCUCAGGCUCUGGCUCGGGUGCUGGUCCUGCCUCUGGUCCAAGCAUUGUCACCAUUGAUCCCAAUGGUUCUGGCAACGGUCUCAACUCUCCCUCUGCGAUUGGUGGUGGUGCUUUUGCGACCACUUUGACUCUGGCACAGCCCUCCGCUGUGAUUGCGACGGCACCUGCUCAAGGUCCUCAAGUCGUCACUGUUCUGCCUUCAAUCUUCACUGUCUGGCCUCAGAACACUCUGGUCACCACCACCUCUUGCACAACCAGCAAUGGCGGUGCCUUCUUUGACCCAGGUCAGAACGGUGGCUUUGGUCCCUCUCUUGUCACCUUGUGGCCGACAUACUCGAUCGACACCACUUGCACCGAGUCCUCGACCAGCUAUGUCGACAUCAGCGCUGUUGCACCCGCCUCGUCCUCGGAAUCGUCCACUGUCUUGAUGUUGAGCAGCUCAACCUUGGCUGUCAUCAGCUCGGCGCCUUCCAGUGACUCGUCUACCGUCCUGAUGCUGAGCAGUUCCACUCUUGCUGUGAUUAGCUCUGCGGCCCCGACUCCCUCGGUUGUUGCUCCGGAGCCUGUCAGCACUGCAUCCGCCGAGCAGGCCAUCCCGACUUUGACUGCUGAGCCUGCCGCCUCUUCUGACGAGGGUCAAGCCAUUCCCACGCUGACUGCCGAGCCUGUCGAACCCACCAGCGCCCCUGAUAGUGACCAGCCCAUUGAGCCUACCUCCGCCGGCGGUGAUCAGAGCAUUCCCAUUGUGACUCCCGAGCCCACCGGCUCUUCGGAUGAGCAGGCGAUUCCCACGUUGUCGUUUGAUGCCCCGCCCGAGUCCUCUGCCGCUGAAGAGGUUCCUCCUCCCCAGACCGAGUUCGGCAAGGGUCACAUUCACCCCCGUUCUGCGCAGAUUACCGUUUCUGCUUUCUCUCUGAGCGUCUCUACCGCAUCAGUUCCUGUCGAUACCAAUGCAGUGUCUUCAGUCGUUUCCACCCCUUCUUCGGUAGCGUCUGUGUCGACCUCUACGGAAUAG